AUGCGUCUGGGGGCUGCACCUGCUAGCUUGAGCUUGCUGUCCAUCCAAGUAUAUGCUUCAUCCUCGGAGAAGGAAACUCCAAAAAAAGAGUUGCUAAAAAUUGAUGAGCUUUCACUCUACUCCUGUCCAACUCAUGAGUCUAAAUAUGUGGAGGAACCACAAACCCAGUUGGAAAAGGGGAUCUCAUAUCUGCGGCAUUCUGUGGAGCCAUAUACAUCUUGGUGUCAGGAUCUUUACACUAAAGCUAUGCCCAAAGUAGAAAAAACUGUUGAACGUGGUAGAGAAAGUUGUGAAUUUCUCAAAAAUCCCCCGCCAGGAUUUUACCCAAGGCUUGGUGUCAUUGGUUUUGCUGGAAUUGUUGGACUGUUUCUUUCUAGAGGUUCAAAAAUAAAGAGGUUGGUGUAUCCAGUGGGCUUCAUGGGGAUUGGUGCCUCGCUAUAUUAUCCACAACAAGCUGUUGCUAUUGCAAAGGUCACUGGUUCAAGGUUGUAUGACUGGAGUUUGCAAGGAUAUGUAGCUGUAGAAUCUCUCUGGAAGGAUAAUCCUAAAAAGAAGAAAUCUGGGAAAAAAGCAAGUGACAAGUCUGAAGCCAACAAUGACAUGCCAGUGGAAGUACACGUCAAUUCAGGUGAAGAAAGAACCAUGAAGUAGAAUGCGCCAUCACUUCCCAUCAAACAGGUGCAUAGAAGAUUUAGACAAGAUCAACAUUUUUCUAUAUAUAUAUAGAGAGAGAGAGAGAGAGAUGACUGAAGAAUCUGUUUUGAUUACAAGUAUAGUUAACCUGUGUUCUGCCUCAGGAAGGACUGACUUUGCACUAUCUGGUACUCUGGUAUGGAUUCUCUGUGAAUGGACACUGCCUAGGAUUUGUCAGCAUGGAAACUUUUAGGCCUCAGUCCUGCAACAGCAUCCAGAGAGCUUUAAGAGUCUGCCCAUACAGAGCCUACUGGAGGAUCAGCACUGCAAGUAGCAAGUCUCAG